CUCAUAGAAUCUGUCAUCAUAUCCUUCCGAGGUUGGAACUACCUAGAGCUAGGCGUGUUCACAAUGCCUCCAGUAAAGGUUGGCCAUUUUCAAACUCUUGACUUGUCAGCGGAAAAUAAAGCAAUCAUCCAAGACCAACUCUACGGCGACCAUAUAAUAUCAGAUCCCGUGCUUAACGAACUUCUGCGGUCGCCAUCCCUAUCACGCCUUGUAGGAGUCCGUCAGCAUGGCAUCUCGUCCCUCUUAAACUUUACUCCGCCCAUCACGAGGUUCGAGCACUCCGUAGGCGCGUUUCUUCUUGUCCGGCAUGUCGGCGGUAGUUUGGAGGAGCAGGUCGCGGCUCUGCUGCACGACGUUAGCCACACCGCCAUGAGUCAUGUCGUCGACUUCGCUCUGUCUGAGCCGGGCGAGGAAAGCUUCCACGAGGUUCACAAGAUGCGAUUUGUCAAGACCACUCAGAUACCCGAGAUACUUAGCAAGUAUGGCUUUGAGGAUCUGAAGCCCCUAGACGAGGAGCUGUACCCGUUGGUUGAGAUGCCGACACCCCAUCUCUGCGCCGAUAGGCUCGACUAUGGUCUGCGUGACGCUGUAGGCUUCGGUAGCCUUUCUCUGGAAGAGGCGCGGCGCAUCAUAGCUUGUCUCGACGUGUGCCCCGAUGCCACGUCUCCCGACCGUCUAAUCGUCCUGCGCGACCCGGAAAUUGCUUUGUCUUUAGCAAACGGGUAUAUGCGAUGCGAUCGGGACGUAUGGGGGAAUCCGUCGCACGGCAGCUUGUAUACGAGGACGGCUGAGCUUAUGCGGUCGUCUAUCCGGAGCGGGGGUGUGCGCGAGGACGACUUGUGGAGAUUGUCGGAUGAGCAGUUCUGGGCCGAGAUGCGCAAGGUGGUAGAUUCUAAAGGACAGGAGGCCAUGGACAGGCUCGAAUCUGAGGCCCUCCCGAACGGUAAAGAUCUUCCGCUUCCCCGCGGCGCAAAAGUUCGUACUAUAGACCCCGAUGUCUAUGAUCUCUCCAGCGGCAAAGCUGUUCCUCUAUCUACGCUACUUCCCGAAUACGCGACUGAGAGAGAACGAUACAUCGUCGCAAGGAGAGCUCUAUACGAAUAAGCCCUUCCGGCUAGGAGCUAUGUGUACCUAGGCAUUACCUAAGGCACUAAGUACUAGGUCCUAGAUGCUUGACAUAGAUAUUUGGUUUCUACACGCAAUCGCACCGUUGACUGAAAUC